CCUACUAUCAAAAAAGCUCGCUCUUUCCCUCCAAAUCAGAAAAGGAACAAAUAAAAGCCAGUCUCUCAGUCGAAACAACUUCGUAAAAGACUCAGAAUGGCGUCGACGUCCGGCGCUGGCAGUGGCGUAGCUGCCGGAAGAAUUAGAUCUCAUACAUCGGCGAUAUACUCCGACAAUCAAUCCCUCAUCCGUGAAAUUAGGAAGGCUGUGACCAUGAUGAAGGAUAUCGCGGUGGAUUUGGAGAGAGAUGAGAGAACCGAGAUGGUAAAGGAUCUCGAAGCUGGUGUUAUUCAGUUGUUGGAGGNCCCACCAAUAGGAGUGGCAAACGGGCGGGUCGGGUCGGGUAUGGUUCGGGUCGAAAAUGGCUCUUUCUUUCUUCUGCAGCAUGUUCAUCAUGCGGGACAGCCAAUGCCAGGUGAAGAGCAGGAGGACAUAGUAAUGACCAGUAUGCAGUGCAACCUUCUGAAUGUGACUUGCCCGCUAAGUGGAAAGCCUGUUACUGAACUUGUAGAUCCAGUUCGUAGCAUGGACUGCAAGCAUAUAUAUGAGAAGAAGGCUAUUCUGCAGUUUAUUAAGUCCAAAACCUCACGUGGCCAAUGUCCCGUUGCAGGUUGUCCUAAAGUUCUCCAGGCUCAAAGGGUGUUAUGUGACCCUUUCUUACUUAUAGAAAUUGAUGAAGUCCGCUCCAUGAGUAAGCAAAAUGCUGGACCUGAUGCGAUAGAGGAUUUUACUACACUUGAUGAAGAGGAUUGAGGAUAUUUGGGGCCCUGACAGACUGUUGACCCUCUUAUAUGUCCAAAUAUACAGGGUCUGCUCAUGAACAGCUUAUUUUUUUGUGUAAGCAAUGGGAAACCAUGUUUUAAUCUUUAGGAAGUUUGGGGGCAAAACUAUUUUUUUCCUCUUUUCCAAGAGGGGAUAAUUAAAGUUUUGUAAUUUUUGGAAAGGAACAACUUGUGCAUACUUGUAUAAAUUGCCAAUGGACCAUUUUCUGUUCAAGAACUGGCGGUCCAGAUUUUUA